ACUCCGCCCCUGCUGUGAGAGAGCAAGAAAAAGGCGCGAAAACGCACAUGUUGAGUCUGGAUCAGUAGUGUUUGUUUUCGUCAUCAUAAGUAAAAAUGUCACUGCGGUUGCAUAUAAAAAAAGAGCAUAUUGAAGGUGAAAAAAAUAGUACUGUUCAUUCAAUACCUUGUAAAAUACACAGCAAUGGACCAGCAAAUGUCUCCACGUAUUUUACACCUUAUAUUCGUCCAACUGUUAAUGAUCAUUUUGAUGCAUCAUUCAGAGGCUAUCCAUUACAUGGCAAGAUGAUAAAAGUUCCCAAAGGUUAUAAGGGGAUUGUCCUUUAUGAGCGAAAAAAACCUAUUAAUCCUGAAAGUCGACGUAAUUUGAACUCGACGGAAUCAUUUACAGAGUUUACUUUCUGGAAUUACGACAAAUUGCCAACUAAAAAUGAUCCUUUUGAAGCAUCACUGGACUGGAUAGAUAUCGCUGAAGCACUUCACUCACCAAUAGAAGACAGCAUAAGUACAAAAGAAGAAUAGCAGAAGAUAAGAUAACUACGUUGAAUUAAAUUCAUCAUAGCCUUGCCAAAUGGACAAUAAACACUGUAAUAUUAUUUAAUAAUUUUAAAAUUAACUAUGGUGACGAUCACUGGUAUGUUGAUAUUUUUUAACAGUUAGUAUAAUGUUGAUGAUUCAAAAUCAUUUAGAUGAUGUUU